ACAGCGGAGAAAAAGAAAUACUUUACCUGUUUCUAUAAACAAUAGUUUUGUGGAGAUGGUAAAUACAUUAUAUGUAGUGCAAACAGUACUGCUGAUUUUGGCUAUCAGUGAUUUGUGUUGGACUAGGUACCUCCUUCUUAAUGAAGACAAAGAUGAUUUCCUACCACAAAUGGAGGUAGAACCUAACAUCGAAAACGACGAAGAUUUAUGGUUACCACUAGAUGCAGUUCAAAACGAGAUUCCAAAUAGUCAAUUCCAGACCAGACAUCGAAAGAUAUCGUUAGCAAAUAUAUUUCCGGAAGUUGAUGGAUUGUCUGCUCCUGUUUCCAAACGAAAAGCCUUACCAUGCUUCUUUAGCAUUGUUGCUUGCUAUGGAUAACGAGUGCAUCAAAAUGAAAUAAAUUCUUGAAAUACUUUUGCAAGAACACUGCAAUUUUAUUCAUAGGGUACAUAUGUAUAUCUAUAUUUGUAUCGUGAAAUGAUAACCUUAUUACGGUACGGUAUAUCUCGAAAUGUACACGGAGACCUAUUCAGACAUUUUUUUUUAAUUCAUAGGAUAUUCAAUUUAAAUCACGGACGCCAUCCAUUUCUAAGAAUGCCCUAUAAUUUCCUAAAUUAUCUACCGCAAAAAUUUAGGAAAAUUUUGCAUAACAUGUUUUAAUAAUUUUUGGAGUAAGAACAAUUUCGGGUAAGAACAAGCAAUGCAUGAGCUGAAACUUAAAGAAAAUCAAAAGACAUAACUGUUCUAUUCAAAUUUUCUCUGUUUAUAUUUCAAAUUAUCAAUGAAAGUUAUGAUUGCCGAUAGUUAGUAAUGAUCUUUUAUAUUCAUUGCGCAGAAAGAAAAGAUUGUGUGGUUUUUAUUCAUUUUAUUAAAGGAAGAUACCUCCUCGCUCAAAGCUACGUUUCUAACUAAAUGACUUCCGAACAACGCAAUACUGUAUGCCAUUUUCCCACCAU